CAAGCAGAGAGGAUUUUGUGGUUUGGGGCAGCGCUAGGGGGCCGAUCGCCAUGAAACCAGCAGCCCCCGCGGGCAGCCGCGCCGGCCUCGCGCUGGCGCUCCUCUGCCUCGCCGCGCCGGCCCGGGCGGGCGGCAGCUGCACGAUCAGCGGCCUCGCCUGCCCUAAUGAGCACACGGACACGGACACGGACUACACGCACAUCGACAGCUCCAAUAAUAAGUGGAUCUGGUCCGGCACAACGAGCGACGGCCGUUCUUGGUACGAGAACGACGAUGUCAGCAACGGGGUGAAAUACUUGUACUAUUCGACGCGUGCGGGCGGGUGGUUCCUGACGGCCACCGCGCCUGAUCUUUCCGCUGCGGAUCCCUGGGUCGGAGACAAUAAUCCAUUCCGAUUUUACGGCCAAGCGUACGGCGAUUCCCCCGACGGCGUCUUCCACGACGCACAGAUCUACUGCGGCCACGAUACCGGCGAUCCCGCCGAUAGUUGCUGGAAGUCUCCGCGCGGCGACGGGCGUGACUACUACUGGUGCGAUAAUGACGGCACGGUGACAGUGUCAUGCGAGGACGUUGUUGCAGAAUUUUCAUUCGUCGCCAACGUGGGCUCGUGGUCGAACGGCCGCGCGCAGUGCCAGAGCCGCGGCGGCGAUCUGGCCACCAUCCACAGCGCCGCCGAGGAUGCGGCGGCGAAGGCAGUCGUUCCCUCCGGCUCGAGCGCGUGGUUCGGCCUGUCCGACACGACCACAGAGGGCUCGUACGCGUGGGUCGACGGCAGCGCGCUCGACUAUAUCAACUGGGCGGGCGGCGAACCCAAUAAUUGGGGCGGCAACGAGGACUGCGGCGGCUACUACAAGGGCCACACCAGCGGCUGGGCGGACGGCGGCUGCGACGAGUGGGAGGGAGCCGAGCCCGUGGGCGCCGUCUGCAGCAUCCCCGGUUCGUCGACGGGUUCAGACGACGACUCCUUCACAUUCGUCGCGGGAAGCCAGGCCUGCCUCUUCGACUUCGAAGACACCGCCAUCGACAGCUGCCCCAGCGGGUGGACCUGCACGGGCGACGCGCGCGUCGUCUCCCGAUACACGUGCGUGUCCGGUUGCGGGACGCCGCUGCCCAACGCCCAGGGCGAGCAGUACUUUUCGAUUGGCGGGGACCACGACACGGGCACGGCGCAGUCGCCGACGUUCGAACUCCCGUCCGACGCCCAAAGCCUUGAAUUCCUGCGGUGCGGAGGCGCGGAUUCCCCCUCCGGCGUUUCGGUGCACCGCGAGAGCGGCAGCGUGGUCUGCUCAAGCAGUCGCGGCGAAGACACGGAUUCGUUCUUCUGGGAUUCCUGCGACGUCUCCAGCGCCGCCGGCGAGCGAGUCUACGUGCGGAUCGUCGACACUCAAUCUUCCUCUUGGGGAAAGGUCUUCGUGGACAACAUUCGCCUCGACGGCGGCGGCGGCGGGUGCGGCUCAGCGGACAUCACGUCGUGCCCCAUAACGAGGGACUUCUGCACGAACGACGCCUCGCUCCCGGACAACUGCAAUUGUGGGGAUUGUGGCUACCCGGCGUGCGGCGAUUGCGACUGCGAUUACUACGGCGACGGACAGUGCUGCACGGGCAGCUCGGGCUACGAGGACGAGGACGAAGAGACCUGCACGACCACCGCGCUCUACUACGACGGGUCGCAGGACCUCUCGAGCCACGACGCGAGCAAGUGUCGGGAAUAUGACUGCGCGUCGCAUGAUGGUGAUUGCUGCGGCUACGACUACGAAACGUGGUGCGCGGACGGGUACACGCUCGUGCGCGGCAACGAAGGCGAGCACGACUGCUGGCCGGGCAAGAAGGGGUACCGCUGCCUUCCUAGCGAGUACUUUGUCGGCGACUACUCGACGUCGUACGACGACGCGAAGACCUAUUGCGCGGAGCGCGACGCGUCCCUCGUGACGAUUCACUCCCAAGCCGAGAACGAGGCAGCUUACAGCGCGUGCAUCGCCGGUGGUAUGCGAAACUGCUGGCUCGGCCUCGAGGCGUACGGUAGCGAGUGGUACUGGCAUACCGGUGAGGCGCUCUCGUGGACCAAUUGGGACGGGUCCGAGGGGACAUGCUUCUGCGGCGAGGACCGCGCCUUCUUCAAGACUGCGUGGCACGGCGAUAAGUGGCACGACGUUUCCGGCUGCGACUGCGAGGACACGUACCCGCUUUGCGAGCGCAGCGGCGGCGCAACCACAGAGAGCGGGACCUGCGCGACGAUGUUCUCUCCCUGCGGUACGUGCGGAGACGACCACUGCACGGUAGAGAGCUGCCCGUUCAGAGGUUACGAAUGCGGCGCCCCGGACGGCGAGUGUAUGUUCAAUGUUAUAGACCCAGGGUAUGAUGGGUACGAUUACUUCAAUGCAGGGAGCUGUCGGGAGAUGUGCGCGACUUUCGGUCAAGACUGUGUGCGCGCAGAGGAGUACUCUGACAACCUGUGCGGCGCUGCGCUCGUGCAGUCGUACUCGUGCGAUGACGACUAUGCGGCGAUACAGGCCUCGAGCACCAGUCACACUGGGCACACGUUUUGCACCUGCACGAGCGGGGAUUACGAUUACUGGGAAGAGCUCUGCCCGGAAUGCGGCGACGAGCACAACUGCGCGGCGGCGGCGGAAUGCCAUGGGUGGUGCUGUAGUACGUGGGGCGAGUGCUGCGGCGAGGAAUGCAUGACCACCGACCCCUACUACGACGGGUCGGGCGCUUCUUACGAGUGGCACAUGCUUGAUAAUCCGGCGAACGUCGGCAACAUGCAGCAGGCGGCCCUGGACUACGAGGCGGAUAGUUCGUACCUAGUCGUGCCUGAUUUUGGAGUUGACAUGGCACCGUGUGCCUCGAUUACGGUCGCGGCGUGGGUGAAAUUGGACGACCCGAACGAACAUGAGUGGGGUGGCAUCGUCAGUUUUAUUCAGGACAACGGCAGUGACGAAAAGGGCUUCAUUUUGGGCUAUUCGCGCGGAAAAUACUAUUGGGGCGUGGCUGCGGAACCAACUUCCACUGGGGACUUGAGCAAGGGAGGCGCAAACUUGAACUACCAAAUGGCCCCGACAGCUGCCGAGACUGGCGUCUGGCACCACGUCGCCGGCACCUAUGACUCCGCGACACAAAAUCUCUACGUUGAUGGAGAAUUGGUGGCUACUUCGCACGUUCUAUCCGGGGCGAUAAUGUAUCCGGACACCGCGACGCUUGCAUUCGGGUGUUAUUUGGAUGAUAACGAGGAGUUUAAAAUGACAGGCACCAUCGAGUCCGUGCAGAUCUUUGGCGCGGCACUGAACGCACAGCAACUAUAUGGGGCUUAUGAAAACAGGCCGACGCCCAGACCGACGCCAAAGCCCUCGUGGCAGCCGACACCGAAGCCGACGCCUCAACCAACACGGAGGCCGACGCCGCAGCCGACGGUCCCUCGGCCGACGCCGCGGCCGACGGUCCCUCGGCCGACGCCGCGGCCGACGGUCCCUCGGCCGACGCAACGGCCCUCAUGGCGCCCGACGCCGGUGCCUGUGCGGAAAUCGUAGUUUGUUAUUGGCACGCCAACUCACCGCUUGAUUCCUACACAGAUCGCGUCCGACCGCGCGCCCGACCCCGCGGCCGUCGGCCAGACCGACGCUGCGCCCCACGCCAGCGCCAAGCCCCCGACCUACGCCGCGGCCUAGCGCGAGACCGACGGCGAGGCCCACGCCGCGACCGACGCCUAUUCCCUCGCCACUACCGACGUCGCGCCCGACGUUGCGUCCCACGCCCGGACCGACGCCGCUGCCGGGAAAUCCUACCCAACGGCCUACCCCACAACCGACUCCCAGGCCGACGCCGCGCCCGACUCAGCGGCCGACGCCACGCCCGACUCCCAGGCCAUCGCACCCGCCGACCCCGAGGCCGUCGCCCGCGCCGACGCCGGCCCCCACGCCGGCGCCGUCGCCGGCCCAGACGGUGGUCGAGGUCGCCUCGUCGGUCAGUCUCGAAGGCGUGGUGGCCGACGAAUUUAAUGCGGACGAGGACAUGAAGGAUGCGUUCGCGCAGUCCAUCAUCGACAGUUCAGACGGUGUCUUCGACGAAGUAGUCGAUGUGGAGGCCGUCGUCCGCCGGAGGCGCUUGCAAGCGGAGUAUCCGCCUUCUCCGGCGCUGACGCGGGACGCAGAUCGUACGCGGCGCUUGCAGGCGGAGUAUCCGCCGAGCCCGGCGCCGACGCGGGAGGCAGAUCGUACGCUGGCGCCGACGCGGGCGGCCGCGGGCCUCGCGGACGUCUCUUACACGGGCGUCGCGCGCGUCGACGGCACCGAGGACGCCGAGGCGGUCUCGACGGAUUUAUUGGAGAAGGCCGCGGCCGCCCUGACGACCGCGGUCGACGACGGGAGCUUUCUGACGAAACUUCGGACCAACGCCGCGCAACGCUCGCCCGAAGCCGCCGCCGCGUUCAACGCCAUCACCCUCAACGAGACGGCGACGCGAGCUCACAUCGGGCGAGCAAGGCACGUGUUUGUCGUCACGACACCGGAGCCGACAGCGGCGCCGACGCCAAGGCCAUUGUCUCCUCCGACGCCAAAACCGACCCCAGCACCGACGCCGCGGCCGUCCCUCACGAUGUCGCCCGUACCUCUGGUCUCAGGCGGCGGCUCUGGCUCCGGAUCUGGCGCAGCGGGCCCGGACGCGGCGACGGCGGGCGGCGCGGCCGCCGGCGCGCUCGUGCUGCUCCUGGCCGCCGCCGGAGCCUUCUUCUUCUACCGUCGAAACACUGCUGCUAAGAAGUCGCAGGACGUUGAGGCCAACGCGAACGGGGUAUGCGACGAGGCCGGCGGAUUGGAGGCGCCGCCGCCGCCUCAAACAGCCGUCAUCACCUCCAAGGUCGACGAGCCGCCGCCGCCGCCCGCGCCGGGGCUGCUUGCCCGGGCCCUGAGUCGCCGCGGGAGCGACGCUGCCGCGGCCGCGCCGCCGCCCGCGCCGGCGGCCGCGCCCACCACUACCGUUCGCGGCAAGAAGAAGCGCGGACCGGUUAAGGGGGCGACAGCAAAGGCGGACAGCAAGAUCCGCAUGGUCUUCGCGCCGAUGGCCGCCUGGUACCACGAUCCUGCGCGCAGCGCGCUGCGGGAAAAGUACGGACAGUACCCGGCGACGCCGGAGGCGCUCGCAAAUUGGAAGUCGUUCGGCGCUGUGACGACGGCCUUCCUCGACGAUCAGGGCGUCGCGUCGACAGGCGCGCCCGCAGCGUCGGCCGCGGAGCCCCCGGCCGCGGCGCCGCCGGCCGCGGCGCCCGUGACGGCGCCCUCGGCGCCUCCUGCGCCGGAGGCGCGCGGCUGGUUCGGCUGGGGCGCGGGCGGCGACCCCGCUUCUCCGUCGCAGCCGCUCGAAGGUGUCCUGGUCACGCCGCCGACGGCAGUCCCCGUCACGGCAUCGGUCGUCGCGUCGUCGGUGUCGCGCGCGGCCGCACCGCCCCGAAACUUCUGCCCAUCUUGCGGCAACCGGCUCGCGGACGGCGCGAACUUCUGCAUGGCGUGCGGCCGUUCCGUUUCUUCCUGAUAUCACCUCCCCCCCCCUUUUUGACU